AGCAAUUAACACUUUCCAGCGAGAUUCGUAUCAUCAAGUCCCCUUUGAACUCUUCGUAGUCGUUCGAUUAAAUGGAGUGUCCGCGAGUGUAAAGUGUGAGAGCUUUAACAAUUCGCAAACAAAUUUUACCACAUUCAAUUGCACGCGACUUGAAAAAGCGUGUGAAAUAAAAAAAGCACAUUCAGGGAUCUUUUUGGACUUUUAAUAGAAUUGCUGAUGAGACGGAUUUCAAAGUGAAAUCAUGAGGAACGUGACAAAAUGAUACGAUUAAGAAAGAUUCAUGACGACGUCGUGAACAUGUUUAGCGAACGACAGUGAAUCGCACGAUCAUCGCUGACGGCCGAAGAGAGAAAUGACUGUUCUCAAAGCCGGAGCGCUCAUCUCGCUACUUCUGAUCGCCGAUACAAGCUGUCUCGCUAAUAAAAGAAGGAACAACCGAUUUCUGAGAAAGUUUGGUCAACCAGAGAAAGAAGAAAAUAUCGAAAAUGCGAUUGAUUCGCACGGACAGAUGAGAUUUUUCGAUGAACUUGGAUUAACCAAAUCUAAUCAAGUGCAUUCUAAGAUUUUGUUCAAAGUUGAAAGUUUAUUGUAUCCCCGAAGUGACAAGCGGAAGUCAAAGUCGAUCAUGAAGAUCGUGCUUGGAGUGUUUCUGAUCACCGUGGCGAGCGCUUUCGAUCACCAUGACACUUAUUCGUGGAAACACAGGGAGGAUUGUAAAAUUGCAACUGCAAGCCGAUCGAUCAUACCGAUCAAAGUUAAAGAAUCUCGUCUACAGCGGUCCGAUACACAUCCAUCGAGAAGGUUAAAUCGGCGCGAGGACAAUGUUCUUCAAAACUCACCGAGAAGAUUCGCGAUGGACGACGAUUCGAAUGAGCAUCACGAUCUCUGGAAACCCGAAGCCGCCAGGAUGAGACAGGAUCUCACGCGUGAGAAUCGAGCCAUCGAGAGCAACCUGAAAAACGUGAUAGGCAUACCGUCCAAAGUCGAACAGUAUCAGUACUUUUCGAAUUUUCCGUACGGCGGUGAUGGAACCACUGACGCCAUAUUGGAGAACACGGAUCAUCCGAAGAAUUCUAUGUUCUCUGAAGAUACUCAAGAUCAUUUUUUGAAUCAUAAUACAGAAGAGAUGGAUUGGAACGGACAGGAAGUAUUCGAAAAGGACCUGCAAAACGAAGAGGAAAAGGAAACGAAUAUCCAAGAAGUACUGAAUGAAAUUAAACGAAAGAGAUUAAAUGGAGUGCACGACGAAAUGGUAGACGGACAUCGCAAAGGGAGGAAGUUGACCAGCCAGCAGCAAGGUGCCUUGCUAGUGGAGACGCUCAGGAAGAAGCGAAACUACACCAAUGAUCAUCGAGGACAUAACUCCAAUCUCCAGAAUGGCCUUAUGGAGAUGUUGGGCAGAAUGAUACCGCAAACGUGCAAGUACAAAGGUGCGAGGUUUGAGUGCGGCCUCAGCAUUAGCUGCGUUUUUAAUGGUGGUCGACCACUCGAUUUGUGUUCCGGAGGUUUAAUAUGGAGCUGCUGCGUGGACGACGAAGACAUACCCGAAAAAGUACCGCGACCGACUGUGGGUCUAUUACAGAAUGCCACGUUUACCCUAAAUCUCGGGCACCAACAGCCAUACGUGGAUGACAACGUGCACAUUUACGGCAGCGCAAUUAGGCCCAACAGGCCUUCGCACAGCCAAGAGACCCAUCGGCCCACGUAUAUGGACGGUGUCAGUAAUCCGACCAGCCAUUAUGAUUCAUCUUACACGAUCUGGAACCAUAAUCGGCCGAACGAUCUCGCAGUCGGCCACGACCGACCGACGUUCACCACUCGUCCGUAUCACACAGUUCAGGAUUAUCCACAGGACGAAUACAACGGCGGCAGUGAUCCAAUCGAGGACUCGUCCAAUGCCAUGGACUACUCCAGAUACCGUGGCUGUGGCGAGCUCUACACGAGGAGUAAUAGGAUCGUAGGUGGACACUCGUCUAGUUUCGGUAGCCAUCCGUGGCAGGCCGCUAUUCUUAAGUCAGGAUUCUUACAAAGUAAGAAGCUGUCUUGCGGUGGCGCUUUGCUGAACAAUCGAUGGGUGGUCACAGCGGCACACUGCGUCGCGACAACACCAAAUAGCAAUUUGAAAGUUCGACUCGGAGAAUGGGACGUUCGAGACCAGUCGGAACGGCUUGUCCAUGAAGAAUUUAAUAUCGAGAGAAAAGAGAUACAUCCGCAAUAUUCUCCUACCGACUUUCGAAACGAUGUGGCUUUGGUGAAGCUGUCCCGGGUGGUAGCUUUCAAGCAGCACAUCGUCCCGGUUUGCCUGCCGGCGAGGAAUUUGAAGCUCUCCGGCCGAACCGCAACUGUCGCUGGUUGGGGACGAACCAGACAUGGUCAAACUUCGGCGCCAACCGUUCUUCAAGAAGUCGACGUUGAGGUAAUACCGAACGAUAAAUGUCAGAAGUGGUUCAGAGCAGCCGGAAGGAGAGAAACCAUACAUGAUGUAUUUCUCUGUGCGGGAUAUAGACAAGGCGGACGAGAUUCUUGUCAGGGUGAUUCUGGCGGACCGCUCACAAUGUCGGUGGAAGGCAGACACGUUCUGAUCGGUUUGGUUUCCUGGGGCAUCGGUUGCGGUCGCGAACACCUACCCGGUGUGUACACCAAUAUCCAGAAAUUCGUGCCCUGGAUCGAUAAAGUUAUGAGCUAAAGCGGAGGAGCCUCGGUCCUUCGAAGGACGAAUUGUUUUACCCGAAAAAAGGAAGAAGGAACACAAAAAGAAGAAAGAGGAUAUAAAAACGUGAAGUUACCAAAGCUCUUAUCAUGCUUUUAAAGACUUUUACAAUCGUGCUCGAUUAUGAAGAAUUAGGCACUCUUUCGAAAGUGCCAAAAAAACAUAAUGCUUUUUAAAGCGUUGUUAUAUGAAGAUCGUCAAGUAUAUUCGAAACUAGCAAUAAAAAAGUAAUCAAAAAUUACAGUUGAUGUAUUCCAAUGAUUAAUUAGCAAUGUAAAGUUCUUGAGAUGCUAAUUAGUAGUAAUAA